AUGGGCGAAGAACACUCUGAAGGUAUAACCGAAGGCCUUGCCUGUAAGGCUAUGGUUGCAAUGACUUCAGUGGCGCUAUACAUCAUGUUUUUUCAACUUGAUAUUAUUUCAGCUCAAGUACUUCUUGCGUUCAAAAUCCCAGUUCAGACUACAACGAUUUAUAUUGAAAAAAUUUAUGGUUUAAGAUUUCUAACCUUCUCUUUAGGUACAAUAAUUGUAUAUAUUAUAUAUGCAAUUUAUGAAAAAAUAAAACCUGAGAUGGAUCAUCAUUUUACACGGGUGACAAUAAAAAAAACAUCAUUUGUUGUUAUGUUGAUUGGACGUGUUAUUUUACUAUUGGUUUCAUGUUUUUCUUCAAAUAUUCCAUACCACGUAUAUUUAGCAUUAGCUUUUGAAUCUUUUGGGUUAGGAGCCGCUGCAACGUAUAAUAUUGCUACUGUUCCUCAACAUAGCACUGUUGUUAUUAUGUCUGCUCAUUUGUCACGUUUAGUAACAUUUCUGGCUCAGUUACUUCUUGAUUUUCUAUUUCGUGAUAAUCCUCUUCCAAAAGUAAGACUCCAAUUCCUUUUGUGUUCAACUUUAAAUGCCAUAGCGGUUGGAUGUUUAUUUUACUAUCAUGAUAAAUCUCCUUGUGAAGCCUCGAAUAGGCCCGAGGCCGAAAAAAAGGAAGAAGUUAAACCAAGUACGCCAGAAAACACUACUUCUGAAUCAACAAAUGGUGGAAAUGGAGGAGAGGCUCAAACACAAAAUACAAAUAAAGAUAAGUGGAGUUUCGGAACAACCUUUUCUAAGGUCGCAUCUCCGUUUUUCAUGUAUUCGGCCGGAUCUACGCUUUUUGAUACGGUUCAUCCUGGUGUUAUUCCUUAUGCGUUAUUACCAACUAAAAAAUGUCACUUAAUCAACAUGAUGUCACCAAUAGCCAAUCUAACUGGACCUUUAACAUUGUUCGCCUUGGAAACCGCAGGCCUAUAUAAUGAUUGGGAACCAGCUUUUGAUGCCGGUUGGCUUUUUACUAUUCCUAUGAUAAUUAUAUCGGUAUAUUCCAUUUUAGCUGUGCACACCAGAAUACCAUCUGCCAGAAUAAUAAUAAACAAUAGACCUAGAGUCUUGGCUAUGACAUUUUCAGGGGCACUCGGAAAUAGCUUCAUGGAUCCACUAAGUUUUUCAGGAGUUGCAAAAAUACUGUUCGUGCCAAAAAACCAUUUACCCGAUCUUGGCGUUCUUUUGCUUCAUGAGUUAUUUUGUAUGGUCGUUCGAUACUUCAACGAUAAACUUUCUGUUGGAUAUAAUGUAGUGAGAACUAGUCUUGGGUAUGUGUUCCCCAAAUUUAGACCCAACCACAGAAUGUCUAAAUGGAAUACAUUUUGGUAUGUGUUGAAACAGACGUUUAGAAAGGCAAUAAGAGAUGCGAGAAGUGACCUAAAUUUGGAUGUAAAAAAGUACCUAUAA